CAUGCUUAGGGUGUGAUGGGAGGGGUGUAGAGAAAUACAGUGUUGGUUCCCUGUCUCUUUGUGACAUACUCUGUGCCUCCUACAAAGAAGACGCCACAAUGACUGAUCCAACCACAUCUUCUUUAAUUCUAGACUUUGGCUCUAUUUAUGACGAACUCAACUUUACUUAUAAUGACACCGACUUCAACCUAAACCCCGAGACGCAGCCCUGCGACACAUUCCGCAUCCCAAAUGCAGUGAUUGUUGUUGUCAGCGUGUUUUACGUCCUCAUCUUUCUGCUGGCCAUUCCUGGGAAUCUGGUAGUGGGGCUGGUGAUUGGCCUGAGCAAGCAGUCGCUGCCUCCCUCUGACCUGUACCUCCUCCACCUGGCCAUUGCCGACAUCCUGCUGGCCAUUACGCUCCCAUUCUGGGCCACCUCUAUUACCAAGGGUUGGGUGUUUGGAGCUGCCAUGUGCAAAAUCAUGACCAUCCUCCAAGAGCUAAGCUUCUACUCUAGCAUUCUCUUCCUGACCUGCAUUAGUAUGGACCGUUACAUGGUGAUCGUGAGAGCUAUGGAGGCCCGCAGGGCUAACAGACAGCGAGUCAGCUGGGGAGUUUGUGCUGCUGUCUGGACUGUUGCUGCUCUCCUGUCUCUGCCAGGGCUUUUAAAUUCUUCUUUUGAAUCCCAAAGCACCAGUAUGAUAGUGUGUUCUGAAAAGUAUGAUCCCAACAGUGCUGACGUGUGGCGGCUGGCCACCAGAAUUCUUCGCCACGCUUUGGGGUUUUUGAUCCCCUUGGCCAUCAUGCUGCCCUGUUAUGGAGUAACCAUCAAGCGCCUCCUUCACAUCCGUGGGGGAUUUCAGCGGCAGCGAGCCAUGAGAGUGAUUGUGUUCGUGGUCGUUGCCUUCCUGCUUUGUUGGACACCGUACCACAUCGCAGUGAUGGCAGACACUUUCUUCAGGUCAAAGAUAGUGCCGUACCGGUGCCCAGCAAGGAUGGCAGUGGAUCGGGCCAUGUUUGCCACCCAGAGCCUGGGGCUGCUUCACAGCUGUGUCAACCCGGUGCUGUAUGCUUUCGUGGGAGAGAAGUUCAGGAAGAAUCUAUUUCAGAUCAUGAGGAAGAUGGGCGUCCUGGAGAGAACAUCUGUGACGAGAAGCAGCAGGUCUUCACUGUCAUCAGAAAUCACAUCCACAUUCAUGUGAGAACACCCAAGAGACACUUUGAACUAUUCACAUACAUGAACCACAUCAGCAUAUGUACUGAAGGAUCUCACAUGCUGGACAACUUUUGAUACUGCAUUUUUAUUGCAACUCAUAUUUGGUGGGAAACUCAAUCAUUUCAAAUAUUUUUUCAUACUUUUCUCUAUUUUUUCAUCAUAUUUAACUUAGUUUACAAUUUAUAUGUCUUAGAUCCCUAUUUCUACUUGCAUGUUUUUAUUUUUUUUAUUACAUAUUUAAAUGAGCAUUGUUGGCGGGAGCCAAAGUUCUAAACUUUUGAUUGCCAACCACUCUGCAAUUUCUGUGCACAUGACAAUGAGGUAUUUGAAAGUUGGUUUCAACCCUGUCCCGGCAAUGUUGUUUCAAGUAAAAAUCCCCUCUCUUACCUCAGUCACAUCUAGUUCUGAGGAAACUGUGGCAAACAUGUUUGUCAAGUCUCAAUGUGAGACUAUAUUUCAAAACAAUAGUACUAUG